UGCUAGCCUUUAGCGAGGCCUGUCCGCUCAUACACAACCACUGUGAGCGUUAGUGAGCUAAAUAAUUUUCUCGAUAGCGCUGAUUAUUUCAACAAAAAUGGAAGAACAUAACGCCAAUGACAGUUCUCAUAGUGACUUUGAUGAUGAUUCUGACUAUUUUUUAAGUAUUGGUCUUGUUAUUGCCUCGCAGCAGAUUCUCAUCAAAGACUCUAUUAUCACUUGCCUAGUACUUGGGAACCUUGUCAAUAUUUUUCUUUUAGUCGCCAUCAUGACGUCGCAAGGAUUACGUCAAAGACUGAGAAACCAAAUAAUAGCGACCAUGUGUGUUUGCUUUAUAGUGGAGAUCAUUAUAGAAAGCAGCGUGGGCUUACUAAAAGAUGGGAAAAUUCUGGAUAAACUUCAAUUUUGUCGUUUCAUGGACUCCUUCCUUUACGUCCAUGCAUUUUUGGAUUUUAUCUCAACAUGGUAUAUUGUAACGCUGUUGAUAGUUUACAUAGCGCAACUCAAAGAUUUUGACCCGAGAAAAUAUUUAACCCUGAAGUUUUUAAAAUUCGGCCAUGUUGCUGUACUGAUGGCUCCUCUCUUGUUAGCAGUGAUUAUACUAACCCCUAUUAUAAAAAUAUCCACUGACAAGUAUAUGAGUGAAAUAUGCAAAGAGUUAGAUGCUACGGAUAGGAAGUACAUCAUCGUCAUAACCACAAUAGCACCAAUCAUCCUCGCAAUCCUGCUUUUAUUUUCUGCUUUGGUAUUUUAUUGUCAAAGAUUUAGACAAGGUUCCCGUUUGCCUUCUGAUGGGCUGGUACUUUUGAGUCGUGGAACCAGCGUAGACAAGCCUGUGGCUUAUAUACUAGCAGUGUCUGUGAGUGUAGUCUGCUUUGUUGCAAACAUUAUCUAUAUCAUGUACUUCGAUGGGACUCUUCCUCUUCUGACUAUGUUGAGGCUUCACAUCGCUGAUGAUAUUCUUCAAGAUAUUUUCGUAUACUUACUUCCCUUGUCGUGGCUGUGUUUUGACGACGUGAGAGAGAGAAUAAAAACAUGGCGUCCGUGGCGUCGUACAAGACAGAACGUUGACAUUACAGUCAGCUACAACAAGGAGGAGAAUAUUUGAUGAGUCUCCAACUGCUUGAAACAAUACUGUUGAUGCAAGAGUCAAUUGUAUAAUGACAUUUAGUUAAGGAGCACGAUCCUCUUUGAAUUGUAUAAUAUUGACAUAGGUCAUGUUAUCUACGGAGUAUAUAGUUUAGCACAUUGUACACUCAUCAUAGAAAUUAUAAUAUUCAUUGCUUUUUAUCUUGAUACUUUACAAAUAAAAAAACUUUAUUAUUAUUAUAAUUAAUAGUAAUACAAUAUGUUGUUUUUUUUUUUUUUUUGUGUUUUUAAUUUAGCUAUAACACAACAUCAUACUGUUGAACAAGUUAAAAGAAAGUUUCAAAGCCUUGUAAUUCCUAGCAGAUGAAGUAGAGUUCACCUCUUUCUGUGAUUUAGGCAUGUUAAAUAUAAAAUGUAGUCUUCAACACUAUUCCCAGCCACCUUUAUAUUCCCUAACCAGAGUCAGGUACCCAUUAAGGCUAGUAUGACUCAGAGUAGUCAACCCAACUUGAGCCCACGAUAGGAACCCACUGUCUACAUGUUAGCUAUCGUGAGUCAAGCCGAUUACAGAACUAGAAUGUUAAAAUUCAUUGUAAAUAGUAGAUUAGUAUGAAUGUCGAAUUUUGUUAUAAAACUAUAUUCAAUAUAUCUUCAGUAUAUUCGCACAGAUAUCA